UUAUCAGUCUACAUAAGUCUUAAGAUGAUUAGAGGACUUCUUAUUGUGGGGUACCUGCUGGGCGGCGAAGUGUUCUGUGCAGAACCAGCGUGUAUAAACUAUACACCAAACCGGUUUGAAUACGAGAAAGGUGUUCUCGAGAAACUGAUUUAUCUGGAUAAUUUCAAAACCGAUGCAACUGCAAGGAUUUCUUCUUUGGAAAGGCAAUCCCAAGGUGCAUCAACGCCUUCUCCGCUGACACCACGUAGUUCGUCAACGUACGUUCACUGGGGCAUGAAGACUUGCCCGAAUGUGACAACUACGAUAAUGGUAUAUAGCGGACAAGCAGCCGGUGGAAAUCAUCGACACACAGGCUCUGGUGAAUACAUCUGCUUGCCAAACGACCCUGAGUAUGAAAAUUACAAUAACAUCAAUGAUGAUCCUAGAUCACUGAUGUAUGGGGCUGAGUACGAAACUCACACAAAUCCUCCAGCUUAAGGCAAUCUCUACGAGAAUGACGUACCGUGUUCUGUUUGCCUUGCUCGCGGAAAGACAACCUUGAUG